AUUACACGCGUUCAUGGAGGUUGUGUAACUGUAAACUAAACGUUUAAUAUAAUAUAUAAGGGUGUACGGGCGUUAUUCAAAGAGGUAAAUUAUUCGAUGUGAGGCUCCUCGUGGUGAUUUCUGUCUUGUAUAGUAUUUUUUUUUAUUACUGUUCAGUUAAUGUGUAGUGUAUUUUUUUUAAAUUUUGCCUUUGAAUAUUAAAUUAGCGUCUACUAAGACUACUACUACUAAACUUCUUUUUUGGGUUUGGGUCUUUUAAAAUUUAAAAAUUUUAACAUGCUGACAAUUGUUGACUUAUUAAUUUAAUUUCAUAAUUUGUCAUUUAUUUAGUGACUAGUCUCACUAGUCUAGUCAAUUUAGUUAAUUUAGUUUUAGUUUAGCUAGGCCCUAAGCCCUAAUUAUUAAUAUUUUUUUAAAUAUUGUAAUUGUAUUAAUUUCAACUUAAUAUUUUUAAAACUUAUUAAUUUAAUAAAAAGCUUUUACUUUAAUAAUUAUUAAUAAGCCCUUGCCUUACGGUAGCCCGGUUACCGUAUCAUGCCGUAGUAUGGCGUAUGCCGUAUUUAAAUUUAAUUAAUUAUUUUUUUAAAAAGUACCAAAUGAAAGUAAAGACUUGACUUAACUUAAGUUAGGCCUCCAGGCCUAGGCCUCUCCCUACAAUGAAAUUAACCAAAUUCAAUUUAAUUUUAAGGAAAGUGUUUUUUAAAUUUUAAUUAAUGUUAGUAAUAUAAGCACCAGCACAAGACUGUUAACUGUUUAAAGUUAAAAUUAAACCAAUUUAAUCAAUUAUUCUGAAUUAUGAUUAUGUCAUGUAAAUUUUAACCAUUCAUUAUCAUUAAAUGAAUCCAUUAUUUAUGAUUAAAUUAAGACUCAAUUUAAAAAGAAGAUAGUAGAGGAACAUCUUAACAUUUUAGUAUUAGGGCAGAGCCCUACUUCUCUUCUAUUUAUUUGAAUUUGAUUUAAAUGAAAGCAAGAUAGACUAACAAGGGACCAUUUAUAAAUUAAAUGACACCGGGCGAAUUUGUUCGAUUCCCCCCACCCCCAAAACCCCUAACAUAAUAAUUGUCCCACAAUAACACAAUAAGACACCUAAAAAUAUUAUCUUUUCUUGUUUAGCAUAUGUUAACAGAGCCAUCAGCGCAUUAUGUUUAGUGUUCUUUUUAAAUAUAUGCAAUGAUUUUUAAAUCUAAUAUUUAAUGUAUAUUUAUCAUUAUCCAUGUACACUUUUUAAUUUGUUACAUUUGCAUUUUGAUUUUGUUCUAGGUUUUUGAUAAUAACCUGCAGAAUACCAGGUGUAUUUAUAAGAAAGGAAGAAAAAAGUUUUGAACAUGUCAAAUGACAUAAGGGUAAGUAAAAAUAUUGUUUUAUACAUUUUAUAUUUGUAUAGACACAAAUUAGAAAAGAGAAUUAUUGCACAUAUACAAUUAGAUUUUUUAACAAUGGAGUCAGUAAUUCAGACAACUCACAUGAAGAUGUGGGAGAUUUUCUGUAUUACUAUUUGUUAUUGCUGGCAUAAUUUUAAAAAAAAAUAUUGUUCUAAAAUUUACUGCAUUUCAAUAUGAUGUAUCUGGUGACAAGAGUUACUUUUCAUUCAUUUUCUAAUAGUCCCUUGGAAAGUCUGGUAAGAAAUUUACCAACUGGGCCACAACAUAUUCUUGCACUCCAGAGCUUUAUUUUGAGCCAGAAACAGAGGAUGAGAUUAGAAAGGUCAGUGUGUCAUAUGUAGUUUUUUUUAAAAAAUCAAAGAACAGGGCUGAAUGUGUGUUUGGGUGUUAUUAAUAUUUACUAAAAACAUGUAAUAUGGCAAGUGGAAAGCAUUAGUUAGAAGAUCUACAUUUUCUGUUUUCCUGUCAAGCUUUUCUUUUAUAAAAUGGUAUGUAACUGCUGACAUGGUAGGAAGUAGACCAAAGCAUUCCAUUAUAACAACGAAUGGGGUCACACAUGGUUGAAUGGGGUCACACAUGGUCGGUUAGUGACAGAGUCAUGCUUUGGAAAUGACAACUGGGAAAACUGUUAAAGUUAUUUUUAGUCAGAUCUUAUCACAAGCUUUGGAAUUUCCGUCCUCCAAUUGGGAAAGGAUUCUCAAAUAUUCAUUUGGGGUACAAGUUGAUUCAUCUGGUUUUUUAAAAUAAUGUUUUAAUCAUGUUAAACUGUUUAAGUUAUUUUUAGUCAGAUCUUAUCACAAGCUAUGAAAUUUCCAUUCUAAAAUUGGGAAACUAUUUCUCAAAUAUUCAUUUGGGGUACAAGAUGAUUUAUCUGCUUUUUUAAAAUAAUGUUUUAAUCAUUUAAUAGAUAAUUUAUUGGAAUUAGAAUCCCUGACUUUCAUCAUCUACAACAAACAUAAUCAGUUUGAUAAUCAGUAAGCAAAAAAAUGUGUUUGCUGCUCAUUUAAUUGAAUAGUGAGAGGGCCUAAUGAAAAUUAGUUAUAUGUAUUUAAUAUAUAUUGUUGGUCUUUUUAUUUUGAAUAUCUGAUUUUCAACAAAUGAAUUAUUUUUCAUUUAGAGCUCUUGUAGUUUUAAGUGCUAAAAUUCACUUUGAAAAUAACUUUUUAUCUUGUUUACGAUAAGUAAGGGCAUGCUUCGGAUUAUAAUAAGCUCUUUUUUUGUAUUGCUAAUGCUAGUGUAAAAUAAAUAUUAAGAAUAAAUCAUGUGAUGACAUUUCGUUUCUCUUUAACUUCUAGUUGAUAGUCUAGACCAUGGGUGCAGGCACUCUGUUUUGGGGUGGGAGGCAGUGUCAGGAGGUGCAGAAGGACAAAUGAAGUUUAUUUUAAUUUUUUAAAUGGGGGUUGCAUGUGAUGUUUUAAAAUCCAGAAUAGGGUACUGGAAAUGUUUUUAAAUCGAAAGUGUGGGCAAAGUAAAAAAGGAUAGGAAUGCCUAGUCAAAACCAAUAGAUCUUGAACUGGCUUAUUUCCCCAGAGCCCCAGGAUUCUAUAAGCUAUUUUCAGCAAAAGCAUAACUGUUAGAUAAAAAGGAAAAAUAUAAUGCAAAAUAUGGAGUAAUCUACAGUAUACACAUUACAGCUUUAAUAUUGAAUUCUUAAAUUAUGUUCCUUUUUGAAUUAGUUGAAGGUUUUUUUUAAAGAAAAAUAAAAUCACAUUUGUUAAGUUUGAGUAGUGUUACAUCCUCUAACUACAUCAUAAGUGAUCUCCUUUAACUCAGUGCUAAAUAUAAUUUAUAUCUCUUCUGAGGUUACCAUCUUACUAUUAACUUGAGAUAGGAAGCGAAGCAUAUACAUCUAUAUAUUUAUAUGUAUAUUGUUUGAGUUGGGAAUUAUAUUUAUGGUUUGAAGUUUUUGACACAGCUAAGUGAAAGUAAGCUUUCAAUCUAUAAAAAUAAUUUGGUGGAUACUUGAUUUGCCAACUUUUUAGCAAUGUGCAGUGAAAUUUCAAUAACUUACGUUUAAUAAAGAGUUUUUUGAAAAAAAUUGCAGCCAUGCGUAGAAAAUAUUUACUUUAUAUCUAAAUUAAUACAAUACAAUAUCUAAAUUAAUUUGUUACUUUUUUGUUAACAUUUACCAAAAAAUGUACCAUCUAUGUUGGCUUAAAAGAUGUUUACAUAAUUCAAAUACUUUUGAAUUUUUUUUUUUCAUUUAAUAAAAUGUUCAGUUUUACUACAUUAAUUAUUAAUGUAUCCUACAUAAAUCUACAAUUAUUUAAUUUAAUUGUUUAUUUCAGUCUAUUUAAGUGAAAUUUUGCAAAAUUUACUUUGUCUAAUUGUUAGUUUUAUUUUCAGGUUCAGGUCAUAAAAUGAACUUUAAAAUUGUGAACAAUAAUCAUCAUUAUUACAUAUUAACAUAUUUUUUAAAUAAAAGUCACUUGUAGGUGUUCAUUUCUUAGCCAAUGGUUUAUCUGCAUUACAGAUUUUAGCCUAUGCUCAAGAAAAAGACAAGAAGGUCAAGGUUGUUGGUUUUGGCCACUCACCUUCUGAUAUAGCCUGUACAACUGAUUUUAUGAUAAGUCUCUGCAGGUACAACAAUGUCAUAAAGGUGAGGGAUUAUUUUUGUAAAUUUUUCAGUUAAACUAUUUGUACAUAUUAUAUAAACUGUUUUUUUUUUAUAUGUCUGGUUAAAUAGUAUACAAAGUAGAUUAAAAAAAAUAGUGCCACCAAAGUCCCUAAUUGUUACAACCAAUGUUGACACACAUGGUUGAUAGGGACAAAACUGUUAACUGAAAGAUUGACCAAAUGAUUAGAAAACAUUAACAUUACCCUGAGUACAUGCUGUAUGAUUUGGCAAAUAUAGUAAAGUUAUAAUUUUUUGCUUUAUUUUCCACUUAAGACCAUUCAGCUGUUCAACGAUGGCUUGGCCCAGUACUGCAAAAUGUUAAUUUGUCCAAUUUGUCCAAUUUUUAAAAAUAAUUUGCCUAGUUAGGUGUGCCAGUCCAUAAGAUUAAUCCUCUUUCUUUCAUUCUUCCAUAAAUUAAUGCAGUAGCAAGUGUUGUGGCUAUUUUCCCAUGUGCUAGGAUCUGUAACUGGGUGUCUUGAUUUUUGGUGUGAUUGUGACAAUUGAUACUCCCCUGGGCCUCUUGUCAAUAGUAUUUUUUUAAAAAUAGUUUAAAAUUGGCAUAGAUAUUAAUCUUUGUUUAGUUAAAAGUUUACUUUAAAAUUUGUGUUAAUAAAGUGUUAAUAAAAUAAAUACUAUUUUAAUUCAUUGACAUAAAAUCAUUUUACAUUGAAUUUAUUUUCCACUUGAGAAUAUUGUGUCUUUAAACUAAUUAAGCUUUUUCUCAAACCCACCCUUUUCUUCUUAACCCAAUUCCACUGUUGAAUAUUUUUAGAUAAAGUCGAUUCAACAUUGGUGAUUGCUUUCAUCUGCUUUUUCAGGUUGACAAAGAAAAAUUGCAGGUGACAGUUCAAGGUGGCUGCCUUCUUAAAGAACUGAAUGAUCAUGUCCUACCAGCCAAUGACAUGGCACUCUCUGUGUAAGUCUCAUUUCAUUAUAGUGUUGCUUCUAUUGUACUUAAACUUAGAAAAAAUAUGUGAUAAUUCUGAGAUUCUAAUAGAAUUGUUGUGCUUACCACACCAUGGUUUUGAGAUUCAAAUUUCAAUAUUGCAGAUGAAAGCAUCUGUGUCAAACUUUCCUCAAAACUUCAUUUUUUUUUUGAUAGCCAAAAGAUAACUGGUAAAAGGCAACAGGUGUUUUUGCAUAGACAAGGCAUUUUUUUAAUCAUCCACCAAGUUGGGUGCAGCCUUCCUACUUCAUGUGUAUUGAUUUUCUUUUACUCAGAGUACAUCAAUAAAGUCCAACCACACAAUAUCCAGAUACCUAUUGGAACAUUCUUUCUACCAAGUCCAGAUAAGGACAAGGCCAUGAAGAGUUUUAACUUUAUAGUUUGGUUAAUGACAUCAUAAUAUCAAUAAAACAUUUUAUUUCAUGAAGAUAGGAAGAAAAAAAUAACACAUUAGAACCAAACUUGGACACAAAGGAUUAUUAGCAAGGAAUUAAAAUGGAUUUAUAGAAUGGAGUCUUGAUAUUGAUCGAUUUUAUUUAUACAUACAUGAAACUAAAUCUGCAUCAGAGGUUGUUUAUAGCAAUCUGUGUGGAGUCACUUGUUAUUCUUGUUCCAACAUAUUUUUUUAAGUCCCUAAGACUAAAUCUUGGUUUUCAACUCUUGGUCCUUGUUUCAAAAUAAUUUAUAUAUUCACUUGACUGUGACAUGCUAAUAGCACAAUGAAUAAAACUGAUGCUAUAACUUGAACCUUCACAGGCAAGGGGCUGUAUGUGAUUUGACUGCUGCUGGAGUUAUCAGCACAGGGACUCAUGGGACAGGAGCACAGUUCGGCAUAAUUUCAUCUUACGUAAGUUCUUUGUCAGCUUUACAUAUAACAAUGGAGUCCUGUAUUCUUUGAUAGAAAAAUCAAGGAACUGAAUUGCUACCAAUUAUUCAUUUUUGUGAAGUUCACUCUAUACAUCCGUAUAAAUGAUUUUAACAUGUUAAUAUAAUUGGAUAUAAUAUAUAUAUUUCUAUAUUUUUAUUUAUAUAUCUAUAUAUAUAUAAUUCGCAAGCAAAGGUCAAACAAGACGGGUCAAACACCAAGCAGGCUAUUUAUAGAUACGCCAGAGCGUGGUUCAAUAAUGAGUUCAAUAGAGCGCAAAAUAUAAUUCCCGAUAACUACGCUAAAUGAUCUAUAUAUAUUUUUAAUAACGCAAUUGCGUUUGGUGCAAUUGCGUUUGGUGCAUAAUAUUUUCUUUUCGGAAAUGAAAUUGUCUCAAUUUAAGUAUUGUGUAGAAAAUUUUCAGUUAAAAGUAGUUGGGACAUGAGAGUAUUAAUAUAGUUCAUGGGUGUGAAAUAAAAAGUGUGCAGUGACGUAUCAUGGGGGAAGGGGUGUAGCAAAUAUUGGGAUUCUUAAAUGUGCGUUACUUGAGUUCAAGUUUUGUCAAGUAACUUUAGUGUAUGAUUGGAAGUUCACCCACUGCUGCCCCAAAAGUUUGGCGGGCUAUAUCACAGUAGUAUUCUUAAACCCACUCCAUUUGGACAACUGUGUCUUUCACGAAGUCUUCACUCAUCUAUGAGCAAUUCUGCGGCGCAUGCUAAGCCGCGGGCGGACUAGUAUAUUUAUAUUAUUUAAGGGCAUGAAGACUUAGCAAGACCAGUUUACAAAAUUAGUGUGUCUUUAAUAAGCUUCAUCUUGAUAUCAAUAAAUUGUUUAUUUCAUGGUUCAUGUGUAAUAAUUUAUUAGACAAUUUUACAAUAACUUAUUAUUAAUAAAUUUACAUACAAUCCAUUGAAAGUACAAAGUCAUGACCGGAAAGUUUUAAUUAGUGAAUAUUAUAUAUAUAUAUUUGAAUAUAUUAAACUGAAGUAUAGAGUAGAGUUUUUUUUUUUUUUUAGGGGGGGGGGGUGUUGGUGAUCAUUAGCUGGCAUGUAAAAGAGUCAAUUAACUAUGUUUUAAUUUUAAAAUUUGUUAAUAAAUAAAUGUUUGUUAAUUAAAAAAUUAGUGAAUAUUAUAUAUAUAUAUUUGAAUAUAUUAAACUGAAGUAUAGAGUAGAGUUUUUUUUUUUUUUUAGGGGGGGGGUGUUGGUGAUCAUUAGCUGGCAUGUAAAAGAGUCACUUAACUAUGUUUUAAUUCUAAAAUUUGUUAAUAAAUACAUGUUUGUUAAUUAAAAAAAUUAAAUUAAUAAAAUGCAAAAAGUGUAUUAUAUUGUAAGAAAAAUAUACUAUGUUCCUCAUUUUGAUUGUUCAUUUCUAAUAAUAGAUUAAUUUAUAUGAUUUUAAAUUUUUUUUUACAGGUUGUUAAUCUUGAGCUAAUGAAAGCUUCAGGGGAAGUGAUUACUAUAAACGAAGAGGUCAACUCAGAAUUGCUACCAGCUGCUGCUCUCAGUCUGGGCAGCUUGGGUGUAAUUAUCUCUGUCACAUUGCAAUGUGAGAAAGCCUUUAGGUUGCAUUGUAAACAAGUCACAAACACCUUGCAAAAUGUAAGUAAGUUGCACCAACUUGGACACGUUCGUCAUUUGAUAUGUGCACUGUAAUUCUAAUUAUUUUCAUUUGUCCUGUUCCCCAAAGAAGGCUCUAAGCCGAAACAUUCAAAUCUUAUUAUUCUGUCUUUUGAUUCAAGCUUCAACAUACCACCUUGUUCUACUAUUUCAUUUACACAGCUUUCCAUCAAUUAUUAAUGUAAUUCUAACAAAAAGUAGUUAACUGUAGUUGAGCUUUGCAUUCCUUCCCACAUGUCCCGAGUUCAACUGCCCAACACAUUUUUAAGUUUUAAUUACAUAAAUGAAUAAAAAAAAUCUUAAUGCAUUUAAGGUUUAAACUUUUUCAUAAUUUCUUUCCAGUAGAAGAUUUUUUUAAAUCACUUCUCUAUUUUGUUUUUCUUCCCACCAGGUAAUAGAAAACCUUGAUGUCUAUGUAACCAGCUCUGACCAUUUCAAAUUCUUCUGGUAUCCACAUACAGAAUCUGUUGUUUGCUUCAACACUAAUCGAACAAAAGAGGUGGUAAUAAUUCAAUUUCUAAUUAUUUUUUAAUGUUAUGCUUCCUAAUUAACUGUCAUUUAAAAAAAAUAACUUAAUGUCAAAAUCUAGCAUAUUAACAUGAAUAAAUUGCCAGCUUGAAAAGUAAUGAAUACAUUAUAAAACUUGUUAAUUUCUCUCUGCAAGGAACCCAAAGUAAAGUCCAGCUGGAUCUGGGAUAUGGGAGUUGGCUACUAUUUACUACAAAUAUUGUUGUGGUUUAGGUAAACAACAUUUUUAUUUCUUCAUUCACUAUAUAUGCUACAAUAGUCUCAAGGUCUUGACUUGUCUAUAUAUUAAGCAAAUUGUUGAAAUGAAGCAACAAGUCUAUAAAUCCAUUAUGUUGUUUAUAAUUAUAAGUAAUGUAAAGAGAUAAGUUUUUUAAAGGAUAAUUCAGAUAUUAGAAAUAUAACAAUUUUGCUCACAGUCCUGUGCAAAUAAACUCUCUACCAUUCAAUUUGUCCUGAUGUAUUUAUUCUUUCAUCUUCAGCACUUUUUUCCCAAGUUUAGUCCCUAGUAUCAACAGACUGUACUUCAAGCUCUUCUGUUCUAGCUCUGUGGAAAGAAUAGACAGAAGUGAUAAGAUCUUUAACUUCAACUGUUUAUUCAAGCAAUAUGUCAUGGAGUGGUCUAUACCCAGGUAUCAAUCCUUUAACAUAGCUAUGUUUUAUGUUAAUAGGUUUUGAUGUGAGGCUGGGAUUAAAGACAGAAAGCUUUUAAAAAAAGAAUUUACUACUGAUACAUUAUUGUGGAGAAAUAUAACCUAAGCAAGGCUGUAGUCAAAAUAGGUUUUAAAUAUGUCUGUAGUCUUCCAUUAAUGGAUGUGAGCCAUGGACUGGGUGCCAUUUCCUCCAUGCCACUAAAAUGUAAACCAUACUCAUCUUUAAGGGCGAUCAUUUAUGGUCCGAGGGUGGGAAGGUGGAGAAGUUAAGGUUAUAAAUUACAUCCACACCUUCCCUACCAGAACAGUGUGGCCAUAGAAUUCCCAAGAGUUUCUGUAAGUAAGAGAAUAGUGGACAGACAUUCAGGUCAUAUAGGAGACAAAGGUCGAGAAGUGGCAGUGAACAAGCUAGCUUCUCUACUUAGAAUGCUCUUAAUGUAUUGAGUGUAUAUUCUUUAUGGAAACAAAUAAAAAUCAAUUUUUUUCCAUUUGAGGUAACAGUGUUCUUUUUAAAUGAACUUUACAAGUAAUUAGAUCAGAAUAGAUCCUUGCAUGGGUGUCUAACUCUACUAAAAAUACUAAUUCUACACAACUGAAAGUGAACUUACUAAUUAUUAAAGACUUAUGAAACUGCCGUUAAAUUUGUGUAUCUUCUAGUUUUUAAAUGACAAUUAAAAAAUCCUGAGGGUGCUCAUGGUACCUUGUGACUAAAUUUUUUCAAUUAAGUUACUCAAAUUCAUGUCUUGUUUCUAAAGUAAUUUUAUGCUUUUUUUUCUCUCUUCAGGAACAAAGUUGGAGUUGUUCUUUGGGAGUUGAAGGAGUGGAUUGAGAAAAAUAGAUUUCCUGCACAUUUUCCUGUGGAAGUUCGUUUCGUCAAGGGAGACAAUAUUUAUCUGAGCCCUUGCUAUGAUCAAGAUUCUUGCUAUAUAAACAUUAUUAUGUACAGGUAAGUUCCUAGCUUUUAUGUUUGGUGUGUACGUUGUUUCAGACAAUAAAUUUAGUAUAGAAAAAUUUACCAGCAAAUAUGAUCAGUUUCUAAAUCAUAAGAAUAUAUUUAUUGAAGUGGAUAUUCGGACCCGGGUCCGCGAAGUGAGAGGUUGGGAUUAAAAUUUAAAAUAAAAUAUUAUUGUCAGGUUAUAAGACUAACUUUGGUAUCAAAUGAAAUAUAAUUGAAUGGACUAUAUGUUUGUAAACUUACUUCUUCAGUUAAACUAAAAUAAACUACCACAAAUGACAUCCGAAUAGCUUGAGUCUAAUGGGACCUGGAUCCAAAUAGCAGCGAUGCGUUUCCGGUUCCAUUUUGACUAAAUUCUAUUCAGAUAUCAUUUGUGGUAGCUUAUUUUAGUUAAACUGAAGAAGUAAGUUUACAAACAUAUAGUCCAUUCAAUUAUCUUUCAUUUGAUACCAAAUUUUGUCUUACAAACCCUACAAUAAUUUUAAAAUAUUUUUAAAAUAAACCCAAACUCUCAACGGGUCAGAAUAGCCACAUCCUGUAUUUAUCUUCUAGUUGACUAGUGUCUGUUUCUUGUGUAAGUUUUUAUUAGUUAUGUAAUGUUUAAUCAAUGAAUGUAUUUUACAUGAUUCAUUUUGAAUAUUCCAAACCAGGCCAUUUAAUACAUUGGUGUCACAUGAAACCUAUUGGAAUGAGUAUCAAAGUAUAGUUGCCAAACAUGGGGGAAGGCCACACUGGGCUAAGGUCAGUAAGAAAUUGCUUUGAAAUUGCACUUCAGGACAAAAAAUAUAAUUUAAUAAUUUUUGAAAAGUGAAAAGAUCUACUCUUUCAUAAUAAAUUUUUUAUUGGAUUUAAAUAUGAAAAGGCACCUUGCAGCUCACAUAGCUUCAUAACGAGGGGCAGAGCGACCUUUCUGGUGAUUGGGCAUCACCAGAUAAAUUUAUUUUUGUCUAACAGGAUGGCCACAAAUUUAUUUUUGGCUAACAGGAUGGCCACUACCCACUACAAAGAAUAUAAAUGAAUUUUAUUUAGUGAGUAACAGUAACCCAAGCUUUUGAACAAAAGACAAGAAAGUUUUUGGUAUUUAAAUUAUUCAGGAUAGUAUUUAAAUACUCAUAAUAUCACUCUCGUUGUACUAAGCAUUGUUGCAGGCAAAUAGCUGAGCUCAAAAUGCAAAUCCAAAUGGGGAAGUAUGAUUCAAUGAGAAAAAUUACAACAGUUUUUGUUAUAAAAGUAUUAUUUUUUAAUUUUUCAGCAAACAGGUUUUCUUACAAAAUAUUUUCAAACACAAGGACUUGAUUUGACUUAGAAGACAAUGGAGAGAUUGAAUAACAUUUCACCACAAUGAGACAUAUUCAAUAAAGCCGCACAAAAUUUUAUCGAAUGGGAAAAUACCUUGUUAGAUAAAGAACAAGAGUUUUCUAGAAAACAAAAAGUGCUUCAUAGAGCAACUGCAGAUGAUGAAACCAUGUUUGAUCCAAUUUAAAGAUUUCAUACUGAUGUUAAUGACCAGGUUUUUUUAAAACAGUUUUGAAUUACUAAAGAUUUACAGGAACUGGCAAGAUAGCUGCAAGUAUCACAUGUUUCGAUCUGAGUUUUUCAAUGAAUGUGAUAAGGGUGACAUUUCACAUCCAGCUUUCAAAUUUCUCAGCAACAAAGUUGUGCAACUGCCCAGGGUCAACGAAAAUUAGUAAAGAAAUUCUAGAUUAUGAUUUUAAAAAUUAUCAAAAUUAUUAUUAAUAAUAUUUAAGAAAAAAUUUAUUUCAACAUUUAUUUAUUCCUGAGACCAAUACAUGGUCAAUAAGUCAUGGGUACCCUCAUCAAUUCAACUCAAUUGCCUUGUCAGAUUCAAUCCACCAAUCCACCUUUGUUCAAAUUUCUUAUCAACUUACUUUAAGUCCACAUGAAAAGAUAAAUCUAGAUAAAAUUUGAGUUUAAAAAAAAAAGGAAUGUUUCUUUCCUUUUUUUUAAAAUAAUGACAUUCCGUGUUUUUUUUUUAUAACUUAACAAAUAUACAAUCCAAAGACUUUAUUUUUAACAAACUUUUUAAAAUCCCCAAAAAUAUGACAGUCAUUAAUUUUUGUGUCAUCAAGUUUUGGAACACAUUUUUGUACUAUUUGUAUUUCUGUUUUUAGGACCAUAAUUUCACAGGCACAGAAUUUAUCAAGCUAUAUCCAAAGUGGAAUGAGUUUUGUGCUAUCCGUGAGAAGAUGGACCCUAAUGGUAUGUUUCUCAAUGCAAAUCUGGAGAGAGUAUUCAACAGUCGGCCUUCACCUUCAAGGAAUCAUGUGUGAUCUCAGUAAUUUAUCAAAUUAACUUGUCAACUUCAACCUGUGUUAUCUUGGUGUCCAUGUCUGUUUGUACACUUACAUAUUGUGGUGCUGUCUUUAGGAUACGAUAAAUGGAAAAUUGAUUUAAUUGCGCUUAACAUAUUUUAUUGUUUGCUUUUUAAAUAAAAACACAGUCAGUGAACUUAAAUUAGACAUUUUAAGCCUGGACAAUUUUUACGUAUUACAUUAACAUUUGUGUCCCUGACCACUUCUUUAAAUAAUUUUUGAGAUGCAUUGGUUGGGAUGAAUCCUCCAAAACAUUUUUUUAGUUAGGC